AUGAGCAACAACUAUAGAGCUGCUCCAAAUCACACUGAAAAUGCAUCCAUUCCGUUAGAGAGUCGAGUAAGAGAGAAGCUGCAAAAGUUGCCUCCUCUGUCUCCAUCAUGUUUUAUUUACAGAGUUCCAGAGAGGUUAAGGAGUCUAAAUCCCAUUGUCUACACACCCAAAGUAGUCUCUAUUGGCCCAUUACACCAUGGCGAGGAUACCUUACAAGACAUGGAAGAGCACAAGUACAGGUACCUACAACAGUUUCUAGAUCGCACCAACGUAAGCUUGGAGUGUUAUAUACAAGAAACAAGGUACCAAGAAGCAAAACUGCGUAGUUAUUAUGCAGAAACUAUUAAUUUUAGCAGUGACGAUUUCGUAACGAUCAUUCUUGUGGACUCUGCAUUCAUCAUUGAGCUGUUUUUGAACUACUAUUUCAGCACCGCUAAUAUCGCAGAUCGGAUACUAAGAGCACCAAAGAUGAUAACUGACAUAAGACCUGAUUUGCUUUUGCUUGAAAAUCAACUUCCACUUUUCAUUCUUGAGGAUCUUUUCGAUCCAGAAAAAGUUAAGAGAAAUUCAAAUUCUGGUGAGAAUGGGAAGCUGUCAUUUAUUCAACUUUGUCUGAGUUUCUUUGAAGUUGAAUUAGACAUGGUUGGAGUGGACUGCAAUCUGCAGACGGUAAAUUAUUCUCAAGCAAAAGGAGCACAUUUUGUUGAUAUCAUAAGAAACUUAUGUCUACCACUGGAACCUUUCGUUAUAGGGACGCGCAAAGCCGGCACCCCUACAGCACCAAGCAUCACAGAGUUACACCAAGCUGGAGUCAUGUUAAAAGUGCAAUCAACCAGAAACUUAUUUGACAUACGAUUUACUAAUGGAAUUCUGCAAAUUCCAAAAUUGCAAAUUUCUCUUCGUAUGGAGAUUACUUUGAGAAGUAUUGCUGUGUUUGAGCAAUGUCAUUACUACCAUCGCAGGAUAGCUGAUUAUCUUGACCUCAUGGAUUGUUUAGUGAAAACCCCCAAGGAUGUGGAGUUGCUUGCCAAGUACGGAAUUGUUACAAAUUUGAUAGGUGACAACAAUGAGGCGUGUUCUCUGAUUAAAAACCUUAGCAAGGGGAUUCUUUGGAAUUACAUUGACUUCUGCUUCACUCCUCUUUAUGAAGACCUACACAAGCACUGCAAAAAGCCCUGGAACAAAUGGAGGGCAAAUUUGAAGCAAAACUAUCUGAACACGCCAUGGGCAAUUGCUUCCGUUGUUGCAGCUGCUUUUCUCAUCAUACUUACUAUCAUACAAUCGAUAUUGACAAAGCACAUGAAGGUUGUUUUGGUUGAAGGUUUUGGUUGCAUUGUCCACAAUGACAGAUGA